AUAAGUUUGCAGCGUUGAUUUCGGGUCUGGCAACGGUCUUUAUAGAUUCGUUGUUUUUGGUUGUUUUGUUCUCCGUGUUUUGCGACGCACGUUUCCCGCGCUUUAGUUAUCACCUGAUUUUCACUGUUUGUCUUCUCCUGCCGUUUGCCCAACCGACCCUCCGACUCGCUCGCCGACUGACUACCGGACUGACUGACAACUGAUUUGCGGACGGAUUGGUGAAGAUAAGGGACGCAAUGUCGACUGUGACGCGACGCCGACAUCGAAGAGAGCGCGUGUUCGCCCAGUACGCUGUUGUGAUGAUGGGACGGCAGCGUGUGUUCCGUGACCGCUUGAACCCUUUGGAGGAGUUCGAUGAGGACGAACUGCAGGAGCGCUUUCGAUUCGGUCGCGCGGGCAUUGUGUUCCUCGCCGACACACUGCGCCCGGACUUGGAGCGGCCGACGCGUCGCAGCCGCGCCCUUUCUGCAGAGCAGCAGGUCAUUGUCGCCUUACAGUUCUACGCCACGGGGAACUUCCUCAUCACCGCAGGGGACUACAUCCGUGUGCACGUCUCCACUGCUUCGCGGACUGUGAGGCGGGUGACUCAGGCCUUGGCACGUCGUGCCCAAGACUUCAUAGGGUGGCCAGGUGAAGCUGAGGGUCAUGCCUUACAACAGGCCUUCUUUGAGAUCGGUGGGUUUCCUUCGGUCGUGGGUGCUGUUGAUGGCACUCACAUUCGGAUACAGGCACCACAAGUGCAUGAGGAGGUGUACGUUAACCGCCAUCUGUACCAUUCAAUAAAUGUACAGUUAGUGGUUGACGUCUUUUACCGUAUCCGCAAUGUGGUUGCAAAAUGGCCUGGAAGCACCCACGACUCUAGGAUAUUCACCGAGGGCUCGUUGUCAGGCAAGCUGGCCGAUGGCGUUUACGAGGGCCUACUGCUUGGAGACAGCGGCUACACCUGCAAGCCAUGGCUGAUGACGCCCUUCCUGUCUCCGUCAUCAGCAGCGGAGGUCGCCUACAAUGCGUCACAUAGCACAAUGAGGAGCAUCGUGGAACGGACAAUAGGCCAGCUCAAGCGGAGAUUUCAUUGCCUCCAUGCUGAGUUGAGGAUGCAGCCAGAGAGAUGCUGCAACAUCACUGCUGCCUGCUGUGUCCUGCACAACCUGGCCAAGACAUACCCCUGCAGCAUGCCAAGGACUGUCCUCCCCGAAGAGGUUCCCGUCGAGCCCGUGGCAGCGGGCCGUGAUGAAAGCAACGAGGCUCGGGAUGCCAUCGUCAGCCAGUUCUUCGGUUGAGCCAGGAGAUUAGCUCCCUCGAGCUGCUGCUGCCUUUCUGUCUCCUGCAAGAAGCGCUGUGAAGCCUCCCGGCACCAACGUCGGCUGUAUGGCACAUUUGUUGGAGCCCGCUGCACCGCCUCCAGCGGCCGACUCUCGUGCAGCACUGCCGCACUUGCUCCGCUCCCAGAGGGACCAGGCUGUGGAUCUAUUCCCCUGGAGCUGUCACUGCGACAAAUUCAUGUGUAAAAAGUGGUCAGGUUUUGUUCUUGUCAGCAUGGGCAAAGAGAACACACUGUGCAAAGUUUGUAACCCUGAUAAAGACACCGAUGCUGCGCCAAAAUUCAUUCAUACGGGUUGGUACAGAGGACAAAGUUUGUGAGCCAAGUUGGUUUAUACACUGACGCACAGGCUUGAGGUCGGAGCGCAGUGUUGUUACUUCUUGCACAAUUGCCCAGUACAUGGUGUAGGAAAAUGUGCAUUUGGUUGUGAAGAGCACACAGCUGCAUUCUAAAGGUUAGAAUGCAGCUGUGUAGCUAUGCGAUUAACAGUUCAUAAAUUUAGUGGUCACAUGUCCAGUCAAACCACAGUGCACUGCACAUUUAUAGGACAACUUCAAACAUUACAGCACAUAGCUUCACUGGUAUUGAUUUCACUCACACAGGUUACCAUCAUGGGGGUAGUUAACUUCUUGACCAGAAUGAAGUUAAUGUUUGAGCCAAUUUUCCUAAGUUGGUAAAACAAGCAACAGGAUGGUUGUACUGUGUGUGAUCUUUUAAUUUGCAUAUCGAAAGCGUGCUACAGUUAGCAUUAAAGAAAAGCCAUUGCCACUUUGUUGCAUUUAAUUUCUAUAAGAUGGUAAUAAACAGCUUUACCACCUGA